GGGAAUAAGGAAGUAAACAAUGUCCGCAGAAGGUUGAGCAGUGUUUUCACGGGGAAGCGAGCAAAGUUUUCGUUGUGCUGUUGAAGUAUCCGUUAAAAAUCAACCCCAAUCUGGUGAGUAUAUGAACGCUUUUAUAAACUGACCAAUACCGAGCAGAUACAGUCGAAAACAGCAGUACAAUAGUUAUGACUCACGUCUGUAUAAAUAACCUCUUGGGUGUGUUAUCUAAUUAUAUAAUAGCUGCUAUUAAAUAAUUACCUAGCCUGAGACAGUAGGCCAUACCACCAGAAUGUUGUCAAAUUACUGUGUGUGAAUUUAAAUGUAGACUGGUGUUUAGACAGUAAACAUGACAGUCUGAAAAUGAUCUAAGAUGAGUUUUCCACUGCACUAUUGUGAUGCAUAUUAUAAGUUAAAACUUUCUUUCUGCUCUCCUACAAUAAACCACAACAGGAGCGGAUAUUCUCUUAGAUAAUCACUGUAUAAUUUGCUACUCUUCAUCAUUUUCAAGUGCCAAUAAGCCUAAACAUCAUCAUGAUGGCAACUCGGAACAACACAGCCAGUGCUGCUCCAAACAAUAAGGUGAAGUACUCCAGACUGGCAGAUAGUGAUGAAGGCUACAUUGAUCUACAGUUCAAGAAAACACCACCUAAAGUACCCUACAAGGCUAUUGCGCUGGCAACCUUCCUAUUUCUGGUUGGCUCUAUAUUGAUUGUUGUUGGAUCCCUUCUUUUGGCAGGAUACAUUAAUGUCGUGUACCCAGAUCGCACGAUUCCUGUUCUCAUCAUCGGCAUACUGAUCUUUCUUCCCGGAUUCUAUCAUCUGCGGAUUGCUUAUUAUGCUUCUAAGGGUUAUCGUGGUUAUUCUUACGAGGACAUCCCAGACUUUGAUGACUGAAUGGAUCUGGUCAUACUGAAUGCUGUUACUUCUAUGUGUUUUUUGCAGAUGUUGCAUAAUUUGCCUUUAGACUUUCAUUCUCUGUUUUCUCUAGGAGAGAAACUGUAGCACACUGUGCUUUACUUGAGCUGAAUAUCUUUAUUUUACCAAAAGAAAAAAACAAGUGCAAUAUUAAGCAAAAUAGAGUAUUUAUUUAGCUAAAUGCAUAAAAGCCAACAAGAAAUAUGCUGAUAUUUUCACAGCUUUUAUAAAACUUGAAAAAGUAUUGUUAAAGCUAGAAAUUGUAUGUAUUUGUAAUGGAGCGUGUUAUUUACUGUAUAUACACUAUAUCAGUCAAAUGUUUGGGCACAAAUUAGAUUUGUAUGCCAAAGAUGAAAAUAAUAUAUAUAUAU